AUCAUGUGUUGACUUCCUAAAAACUUUUAAAACUUUUGUAAUUUUCCAAAUAGAACAAAAUUAUAAUCUAGAGCCUUUUGUCAAAGGGAAUUAAGUCAUGCACGCAAUGCUUACAGGGAGAAUAUGCAGUACCAGUAGCAAACAUUGCAAAGCAGUUUUACAUAGGUUUCCUAAAUUUAGCUUUGCCAAUGUUGAUCCUUUACUGUUGGUGGCUAGAAAGCCAGAGUUCUUAAUGAGACAACUCGCCACAAGAGGUCCAGCGGUUUCUCAGUUUGACUUGAGUUUUCGGACAUCAAUUACAUUGGAAAAUCUAAUACAAGAUAUAAGACCUUGGCUGUUCAAGAAAGUUCAUAGCAGUGACAUACAAACAAUUUCUGACAUAGAUAAAAUCGCCACAUUCAACCGACUGCUGAUGAUCCAUUGUUUUGAACUGUUUAUGUUUAGCAAAUGCCAUACUGCAAAAAAGUGUCUGUUCGACUGUGAAAUUGUACUCCCUGCCCUAUGCACGCUUAUUGAAAGAGCGACUGAAUAUGAUGCAAAAAUAUUUGUCAUAGGUUUUUUUAAUUAUUAAUCAAGGCUUAUCCCAAUUGAAACGAUUGAAAACUGUUUCAAAAUUAAUCCAAACAUCUGUGGAGGACAUAUUUUUUGACCUUAUAGAGUGUAAAGAUAUGAAUGAGGUGAAAAUAUGCUCUGAUUUUAUUGAAACUCCUAAAAAGAGAAAUUCGUCAUUAAAUUUUCUUGGAUCUCCUUCUUCGCCCUUAGCCAUAUAUCCUGAACUUUUGGGUAAAACUAGAGGGAUACAACAAAUUGAAAAUGAUCACAGUGGAAAAAUGGUGUGGCCUAUAUUUUGCUAUCCCUUGGCAGAACUUAAUUCCAAAGAAGUCUUCACAAAUAUCAUCAAGCUUGCCAAAAAUCCAAAUUAUUCUGCAAACGGUGUAGUCCAUGUUAUUAUAAAUAAUGAGGCAGAAGAUUUUUGUAACCCGCAAAUUGAAAGCUCUUGCAAAUUGGUAAAAAUAUUUGCUGAAUAUCUAAAUGCACCAGUCAUUCAUGUAAAAGCGGAUGAUGUCGAUUCUGUCAUUUACGUGAUGAAUUUGGCAGCGGAAUACAGAGCAAAUCAUCUCCGAGAUAUAGUUAUUGAUUUAAUAACACCAACUAGUGUUUAUUCUCCUAAGAAUGUAGCACUUGCUGGUCUGAUUCGGGAACUGUUGAUUGGAGAUAAAUACCCACUUAUAUCUUCAUACAUCAGAGAACUAUCAGAUUCCAAAGUUAUUUCAAAAGGUAUACUCGAGGAACAGAAGGAUGUAUACUUGAAAAAACUCACGAGACUGCAUAGUGCUCGUACAUCACAACAAUACCCACCAUUUAUGAUCAAGAAAAAGAAUCUAGUCAAUCUUGAAAAGAGGUAUAAAGAGCCCCUGACUGGAGCUUCUCCAGUCGUUGUACAAAAAAUCACACAAGCUAUGACCACAUCGUCUAGAGACUGCGUGUCGACAGAGUCGUAUGAGCUUCAAGUCAAAAGACACGACUUAUUGGUGAAUAACAUGCUCGAUUGGGACAUCUGUGAAACCCUAGCAUACACUACAUUAAUGCAAGAAGGGAAAAACGUACGAAUAAGCCAAAAUAGCAGAGAUCAGCACCCAGGUUUAAACUUUUUAAACGGGGAGAAUGGAAAUUCACUGCAUCCUGCCAUUGGGACGUUUCCCAUUUUGGGCGAGUUCAAGUUAUGCAGGAGUGAUGUCCCACCUUUUGCUACAGCUGGUUUUGAAACGGGGUAUUCCUCUAUUAUGACAAACACAUUAAACAUUUGGGAAGCACCUGUCACCUUAGAACCGUCACAGCUGCAUAGCAUAAUUAGCCACUAUUUCACACUUGAAAGUGAAGAGGACUUGGCAUCAACUGGAGUAACACUCAUAGUUCCAAACUAUCUACAAGCUUCUGAUAAUGGAACUAAGAAAUACUACAGCUGCCAGCCACAAAGGAUUUUGGAAGCAUGUGAGGAAUGUGAAAUGAUAACUUCAAUGAAUGACCAAUUGCAAAAUUGCAACAUAAUAGUUGCAAAUGUUUCAACACCAGCGAAUUUCUAUCAUAUACUCAAGCGUCAAGCACGCUGCUUGAAACAAAGACCCCUUUUAUGUUUUGUUCCAAAUGAUCACAGGAAUUUCUCUCCAAGCUUUUCCAGUUUGGAGGACAUUCUAGGAGAUACCAGUUUUCAGAGUUACAUUGGGGACCCUGAUAUUGCAUCGAACUCUUCUGUACAGCAUGUGAUACUUUGCUCCGGUAAAGUUUACUACGACUUGAAGAACGAGCGUGCUUUGAGAAACUUCCAAAAUAAAGUAGCCAUAAGCCGAAUUGAACAGAUAUUCCCUUUCCCUUAUAACAACAUAAUUCAAGAUUUAGAACGGUUUCCUCAAGCCAAAGUCUGGUGGGUACAGGAGGAAGAGUGCGGUGAAGGAUGCUGGAACUACAUCGAACUGAGGCUUUUCGGAAUACUCGGUGAUGAAGCAUCUUUGAAAUUCGCAGGAAGGCACAAGCGUACUAAUGGAAAAUAUACAAAUCUGAAACUGUCAGACGAAGAAUUGAGAUAUAUUUUUGACAUGAUAUCAGAUUCCUCAUAAACUACAAACUUGAAAAUGUACUGUCCCCUUUGUUUGAAGCGUUCUUCACUCUUGAGGUUGUUUACAUAAAUAUAUUUAUUUACUAUAAUUUUA